GUAGAUAGUUCAUAAUUUACAUUGUUCUCCAUUCCAAUUAAGGAUGGCAAGAAUUGGCAAAGGGAUUCAAUCAUGUCUAUCCUGGAUUCAUCAAACAGAUGGUAGAGUGCCAACAAAUGCGAUUGAUGCAGGUCAUGCUGUUUACAUUACUCGUAUAUGUCAUUCUGGUGAUGUAAUUCCUGGUAAAGUUGUACCACAUUUGGGCAAAGCUUAUAUUAGUUAUGAUGGAACAGAAUAUGAAUUCGAUUCAUAUGAGGUAUUAUGUGAUACAAAAUUACCAUAUGGUCCCCAACAUUGUUACAAAUGGGAACGACAUAGUAAUGGAUAUGUUCCUAAAUAUGCUGUUGUUGGUGGUAUAACUUCAUCCAAUGAACCACUUUACAUAGCUCGAGAAUAUAUUAAUGGUGAACGAGUAGUUGGGAAAGUUCAUGAAAGUCAUGGAUGCGCCUAUUUCCCUUAUGGUGGUCAAGAAAGAAAAAUGAAUCACUAUGAAGUUCUUGUAUUAAUUAAAUAACUGCAAAAAAAAAGAAAAAGAAAAACAACGAGUUCCCGGACCAUAACUAUCGUAAAUUAAAUUUUCUUUUUUUUGAAAAAAAAUCAAUCUUAUUUAUUUUCAUUUAUUAUUUCAUUCAUUCUUAUUCACCAUUUUUGUUACCAAGCGAUUAAUGACCAUUGGAAAACACGUACUCAGUUUUUUUGUUAAACCAAAUGAUAAUCAUUUUUCUGAAUAAAAUUUGUUUAUUAU